GAUCUGGAGUCUUAAUAAGAUGUCAAGACGCAGCAGCCGUUUACAAGCUAAGUUGCACCAGCCCUGCCAGGAUACAUCUCCACAAGAACUGCAGGUGCCAGAGGGUCUUCAUACCAGAAAAAGAAAAGCAAUAGAGGAUACCAAGAGACAAGAAGAAAACGUCAACACAAGACAUCAGUAUGAAAUUCAGAGCUGUUGGCCGCCUAUGAUGUCUGGAGGCAUCUCUCCCUGCAUAAUAAUAGAAACCCCUCACAAAGAAACACCAAGUACUGACUUUUCCAGAUUCAAAAAAUACAGAUUCAGAAACCUCUUCAUAAAUCCAUCACCUUUACCUGAACUUAGUUGGGGAAGUUCUAAAGACGUCUGGUUCAACAUUUUAAAGAAAGAGAACAAGUAUUUACACUGCAAACAUUUUACAUCUCUACACUCAAACCUACAACCACACAUGCGAUCAAUUCUAUUAGACUGGCUUCUAGAGGUAUGUGAAGUCUACACACUUCAUAGAGAAACUUUCUAUUUAGCACAAGACUUUUUUGAUCGAUUCAUGCUGACUCAAAAAAAUAUAAACAAAACCAUGCUUCAGCUCAUAGGAAUUACAACUCUGUUUAUUGCUUCUAAGCUUGAGGAGAUAUAUGCUCCCAAGCUACAGGAAUUUGCAUACGUUACUGAUGGUGCUUGCAGUGAAGAAGACAUUAUAAGGAUGGAGCUCAUUAUACUAAAGGCUCUAAAGUGGGAGCUCAGCCCAGUAACGAUAGUCUCUUGGCUCAAACUUUAUCUCCAAGUGGAUGCCCUGGAAGAUAUCCCAAAGGUGCUGCUACCUCAGUAUUCUCAGGAAAUGUUUAUUCAAAUAGCACAGCUCUUAGAUCUCUGUAUUCUAGACGUCAAUUCUCUGGAUUUCCAGUACAGGACGUUGGCGGCGGCUGCAACUUGCCAUUAUACCUCAGUAGAAGUAGUUAAGAAAGUAUCAGGCUUAGAAUGGAACAGUAUUUCAGAAUGUGUAGAGUGGAUGAGACCAUUUGUCAAGGUAUCAAAAAAAGCCCCGGUAAAAUUGAAGAACUUUAAGAAAAUUGCAGCAGAAAAUAGACAUAAUAUACAAACCCACACCAACUACUUGGAUAUGCUGGAAGAAGCUAACUUUGAGGCAACUGUUGUGGUCGCAGGUCAACUGUCACCCAUGUCUACAGGAGGAAUAAUCACUCCCCCAAAGAGCUCUGAAAAGAAGUGAAAUACCAGAAUACAUCUGCAUGAACUCUAUAUCAUAAGACUCAUAAAAGAA